AUCCCAGGCAGGCUUCAUGCUCAGUGCUGAGCCCAACAUGAGGCUCAAUCCCACGACCCUGAGAUCAUGAACUGAGUUAAAAUCAAGAGUCAGCCACUCAACUGACUGAGCCACCCAGACACCCCUAAAUCUCUGCUUUCUUAACAUUCUUUUGGAUUAUUUAAUUUUUCCUCCUGUACCAGCUUGGAAAUUAAAUUCUCUUUUUAUAUUAUUUUAGUGAUCUCCCUAGAAGUUCCCAUAUGCAUUCCUAAGUGUGCUAUUAAUCAAUACCUUUAUGGUACAGUUUGCCAAGAUGGAGGAAAAAAAAAACAUCCUAGGUCGGAGGAACAGAGAGAAAAAAGAUGUAGGACCAAGAAAGAGCUCAGUAUAUCCAGAGGUACAAACUAAGAUUUCAUCCUAGAAGUGAUAGGGGAGCCAGAGAAAGUUGAACAAUGAAGAACAAAAUAUACAGUGAAGAUUUUAAUUACUAUUUGAGGCAGAAUGGGCCUACAGCAAGAUGGGUGUGCCUAGGGUGGAUAGUUUAAAGUCAUCCAAGGAGGAUGCCUCUGCUGUGAAAAAGAUCUCUAGGAAGAACAAAGAACAACCCUGGAAGACUUUCCUGAGGCUGCCCAGGAGGCAGGGUCAGAGUUUGGCCUGAAACCGGGUAUCUUUAGCACUGCGUCCUUGCCUCUUUACCUAUCCCUAGCCAUGCUUAUUCUGCCUCUACCCCUACAACAGUGGUCUUUCCUCAAAGGCUUUUCUUACAGUUCCUAAAUCUCUUCUUGAUACAUCCAAAUCCUGUCCAUCCUUCAAAACCCAAUUCAAUUAAAUCAACCCUUCAAUCAAAUAUUUUCUGGGCUUCCUUUGUGUCUAUCUCUGGCCUAAGCUGAGAGAUUCAGAAAUAAAUGGAACAGGUGAGGGUUCCAUCCUUAAAUGGGUUUCCAGGAAGGAGAGGGGAACAGACACUUAACAAUAAUCUCACUACAUUGUGGUCAGUCCUAAUAAAGGUGUGAUGGACUUCUGAUGCUUCCUGUGGAGUGGGGAGGUGGGUGAAUCAUGGUGCUUAGGGAGAGAUAAGGAGGAAGUUGAGCAAAGCUCAUGGAAAAAAUGAGCGUAGCUAGAAUGUAAAAUAUGUGUUUGCUAGAGUAGAGGAUGGCCAGAUAACGAAGGAUGAUGAAUACCACACUAAGGAAUUUGCUCUUGAUCCUAAACGCCAUAGGGAGUUGCUAAACAAUUUGCAGCAAGAGAGGCACAUGAUCAGAUCUGUAUGGUUUUUUAAAAUGUUUAUUUAUUUAUUUUGAGAGAGAGAGAGAGGGGAGAGAGAGAGAGAUAGCAAGCAUCAGCUGGGGAGGGACAGAGAGAGAAGGAGAGAGAGAGAAUCCCAAGUAGGCUCUGUGCUGUCAGCACAGAGCCCGAUGCAGGGCUCGAUCUCAUGAACCAUGAGAUCAUGACCUGAGCCAAAAUCAAGGGUCAGACACUUAACCGACUGAGCUACCCAGGCACCCCCAGAUCUGUGUUUUAAGAAGAGCCAAUGUGGCUGUAAAUGGGGAGGAUGAUGAAGAGUUAGAAGAGCAAGGAAACCAGUGAAGCAGAGCCUCAGGAAGCUUUCCUUAACAACUACAUCCCACAUUCACUUUUCUUCUGCUUCCCACCUCUGUACUGCCUCCAUGCUACUGCGGGCUGGAGCAUCCCUGUAAAUAAAUGCUCAGUCAGCUUGGGGAAUCUAGUAUGUGUGUGUGGACAGGGGGAGUGGAGCAGUGACUGUGGCCAAAGCUGGACAAUAUUGGUGCUAUUUCAGGCACAGGCCUCUCUGAGGUAUGUCCAGGCACAAGGCAAACCAACCAGGAGGACAGGAGACACUGGAAGGUUUCAACGGCAGCAGCAGCAACUACUUGGAUUACAGACAAAUGCCGAUUCAGCAAACACUGACUGCCCACUGAAUUGAAGGCAAGACUAGAAGCUUAGAUGCUUGUUCAACUUCUUUAUCUGUAAAAUAUAUUCCAUCAAAUUUACCUCACCAGAUUAUUAAGAGGAUCGAAUAAGAAAGUGUACAUAAAGUUCCUUGCGCCUAGUAAGAACUCAUUCUUCUACUUUUCCUCACGUAAAUCAAGGUGAUAGGCUUUGGAACUGACAGAGGAAGAAAUAGAUUCAGAGAGGGUCAGGGAUGGCUGAGGUCACACAGUUCAGAAAAGGCUCAGUCUUGGGGUGCCUGGGUGGCUCAGUCGGUUGAGUGUGUGACUUCAGCUCAGGUCAUGAUCUCGCAGUCCAUGAGUUUGAGCCCCACGUUGGGCUCUGUGUGGAUAGCUUGGAGCCUGGAGCCUGCUUUGGAUUCUGUGUCUCCCUCUCUGCCCCUCCCCUGCUCAUGCUCUGUCUGUCUCACUCUCAAAAAUGAAUAAAUGUUAAAAAAUAAAUUAAAAAAAGAAAAGAAAAGGCUCAGUCAGGACAAGUUCAGACCAUAGCUUCCACAUCUCAUCACAAUAGCCAGGGUGUCUUGAGUAUCUCCUGCAUACCUGGCACACUGCUGUUUUACCUCACUUAAUCCCCAGGACAACCUUGUGCUGUGGAUAUUCCUAAAACCAUUCUACAGAUGAGGAAACUGAGAUUCAGGACUGUAUGGUGAAUUGCCCAAAUCACCAAAGAAUUAAUGGCAAGAUUAAUGCACCUCAAGUUUCAGGCAUUGGGGGUAGUCUAGAGGCACAGAGAAGGGACCCAGCCUCAGGGAAUGGUAUUUAGGUCCAAAGGAACAGACAAGGAAUAGGGUCAGGGAAUAAAGACAGGGAAUAAAGGCCAGGAGCAAGCAUCUGUAUGUUGGAGGUAGACAAAGAAGAUGACACAAAGCCCUGAAGUAGAUAACCUACAUCUAAUCGUUGAAACUAAAAGGAGGUGGUUCUUUUAGUACAGUUUUACUAAUUGUUCAUUUGCCCUGGGACCCUAAAGCACAGGGUGGAGAGGAGUUCAAAGUCACUAGAAUAGGACAUUGUCCCGCCAGACUUGGAGCCUCCAGGAGUGAGUUAUCUCUGGGUCUGCCACCAUUGCCCAGUCAGGGCCUGCCACAGAAAGGGCUAGGCUGAGUGAAUGAACAAGAAUGAAUGCAUGAAAAAGAUCUCUGGUGAUGGAACGCCGCUGAGAGGUCUGACAAGAUGUACCAGGUCCCACUGCCACUGGACCGGGAUGGGACCCUGGUCCGCCUCCGCUUCACCCUGGUGGCCCUGGUCACAGUCUGCUGUCCACUUGUCGCCUUCCUCUUCUGCAUCCUCUGGUCCCUGCUCUUCCACUUCAAGGAGACUACGGCCACACACUGUGGGGAUGUUCUCUGCGGCCUCCCAGCCCUUGGACCCAGAUGGGACUGUGUUCCAGCUCUGCUUCACGGCCAUGAUCUGGUGGGUCAUCACUUUCCCCAUGUUCGGCUUCUUCUUCUGCAUCAUCUGGUCCCUGGUGUUCCACUUUGAGUACACGGUGGCCACUGACUGUGGGGUGCCCAACUACCUGCCUUCGGUGAGCUCGGCCAUUGGUGGGGAGGUGCCCCAGCGCUACGUGUGGCGCUUCUGCAUCGGCCUGCACUCAGCACCCCGCUUCUUGGUGGCCUUCGCCUACUGGAACCACUACCUCAGCUGCGCGUCCCCGUGUCCUGGCUACCGCCCGCUUUGCCGCCUCAACUUUGGCCUCAACGUCAUCGAGAACCUCGCACUGCUAGUGCUCACUUACGUCUCCUCUUCCGAGGACUUCACCAUCCACGAAAAUGCUUUUAUUGUGUUCAUCGCCUCUUCCCUCAGUCACAUGCUCCUCACCUGCAUUCUCUGGCGGCUGACCAAGAAGCACACAGUAAGUCAGGAGGAAUAUGAACAUGCCCAUCAUUCCUGCUGCCCUUGCCUGUGCCCCCUUCCAAAACCAAGGGAGGACCGCAAGUCCUACAACUGGAAACAGCGGCUUUUCGUCAUCAACUUCAUCUCCUUCUUCACGGCGCUGGCUGUCUACUUUCGGCACAACAUGUAUUGUGAGGCUGGAGUAUACACCAUCUUCGCCAUCCUGGAGUACACCGUUGUCCUAACCAACAUGGCGUUCCACAUGACAGCCUGGUGGGACUUCGGGAACAAGGAGCUGCUCAUUACCUCCCAGCCUGAGGAAAAGCGAUUCUAAACCCUUUCUCUCCUACUAGAAAGGAGGAGGCGGUCCACUGCCCAGAAACUAGAAACAAGACACCACUCUGGCCUUCCCCACCCUGUGUCCUCUGUGGGCCGUGCUGAAGCUGGGGGAGGGGGAGGAAGGGCAGAAGGGCACAGGACAGGGUUUUAGGUAGCCCUGCUGGCUUCUCUUUUCCCUCACCCCACUUGAAGGCACAGGGACCUUCAAGCAGCAUCACCCUUAUCGGAGAGGCCCCAAGAAGCUGAGCUGUUAGGAGAGCUCCACCAUCUGGUGCUAAAAAAAGUCCUGAGGUUUAUAACCACCAUCGGUUCUUGGCCUUUACAUAGCCACCUCUUGCUGAGGUCAGGGACCACUGAGCAGUGGCUGCUACCUGAAAACCACAGCCAUUUCUCUCCACGGGGUCAUUCACUUGACUGGUGUAUGUGAUUAUCUCCUGCACAUGCCCAGGCCUGUGCCACAGUCCCUUGCUAAGUUUGCCCAGGUGUUCUAGCUCUGACUUCACCUCCUGUUUAGUGUGUACCCCUUCCCCAUCUAAGCCUUCGUAUGUCCAUGCAGGUGGUUGGGGGUAGGAGGGCUGUAGGAUCUGUAAGGGCUCUGCCAGUGUGUGGUUCUGACACUACCUUGUGGAGGUAGUGUUCUGUACCUGAGGGAUGUCCUGCUCCAGGAAAAGCACUGGCACAGCAUUUGUUCCUUCCCUUCUGAAAUCCAUGGCUCACCGACUCUUCCUCCUUGGCAAAGGUGUAGGGUAGUUAGAGGCAGAUUCCUGCCCCAAAAUGGGCUCUCUGCUGUCUCCCUGUCCUCCCUGCUGCCCCAUGCCCUCACCUCUUUUGGUUGUACAUUUUAUUUCAAAGGAAAAUAAAAUUUUUUUUUUUUUUU